UACUUUAUAACUAUAGCACUAGCAUUGUGUAUAAAGGAAUAGUAACAAAUACACACUUUAGGGUUUGUUAGAGUUGAAAUUGAGAAUUGAAAUGAGGAUGGUUAAGGAAAUUUUGGGACAAAGUGUAGUGGUUGAAGCAUUUUGUUUUGAAGCUUGUAGAAGAUGUCACACUCGUCAAAAUAAUAAUAAGAAACACAAAAUUUCAAUGUUUCCCAGUUUCUCUUGCUCAUCAAUUCUGUUGCCCAUUGUGAAGAGGAGAACCACCUUUGAUGAUUUGAUUAGUAGUAAUAAGAGUCUCCAUGAUGGUGGUGGUGUAACAUUGACGAUAAGUGCAAGUGUAGCUAUAAAGAAUAGUAAGGAGUUCAUGGCAAUGAUGCUUCAUUACUUUGAUAGUUUCAGCCAUAAUACAACUGGGGAUAGAGGAAUCGUCAUGCAGCUAGUUAGCACUCAAAUUGAUCCCACAACAAUGGAGGGAAAGCUGAGCAAGAGAGCCGUACUGGAUUGGACAAGAGAAUUAUUAUUUAAUGGAGGUGGGGAUAGUGAGAGGUCCACUCACAAAGUUGAAUUUGCGAUUGACUCUAAUUUUGGAUUUCCGGGAGCCAUUACAGUCACAAACAAAUAUGACAAAGAGAUCUUCUUGGAAAACAUCUCCAUUGAAGGAGGCUUUGUGGAAUUUUCUUGCAAUUCUUGGGUUCAACCUGAAAAGGUUCACCGAGACAAGAGAAUUUUCUUCACCAACAAGGCAUGCUUACCAUGUGACACAGCAGAGGGUGUGAAGGAACUACGAAAAGAAGAGCUGAGACAAAAGAGGGGAGAUGGAAAUGGAAUGAGGAAGGUGAUGAGUGAUAGGGUUUAUGACUAUGAUGUCUACAAUGACUUGGGAAAUCUAGACAAGGGCAUUCAACAUGUUAGGCCAAUUUUGGGAACCAAACAACAUCCUAAUCCUAGGCGUUGUCGAACUGGCCGUCCACCUGUCAUAACCAACGAAAAAUAUGAGUCGUGUGUGAAUGCAUUCAUGGAAACAUACGUGCCAAGAGAUGAAGUGUUUGAAGGAGUUAGAAAGGAGGCACUUGAUGUGGAGAGAGUGAAAGGUGUAACAAGAAAUUUGAUUCCCUUCAUAAGAACUUAUAUAACUAAGUGUGGAGUCUUUAAGGAGCUAUCAGAGAUUAAGAACAUAUACAAAAGAAGGCAUCAAGUGGAUGCAAUGAAUCAUACUAAUGAGGAGAAUGGAACACUUUCUAUUGAUGUUAACAAGUUAUUCCAAGAUUCCUUCGAAGAGUACUUCAAAUUUAGCACUCCACACAUUAUAAGUGGGAAUGGUGGUUGCUGCAUAACAGAUGAAGAACUUGGGCGUCAGGCCUUGGCUGGCGUCAACCCUUUAAGCAUAAAAAGGCUUCAGACUUUUCCACCGGUGAGUGAUUUGGACCCCUCCAUGUAUGGUCCACAAGAGUCCGCUCUAAAAGAAGAGCACAUAAUUAGCCACUUGGACGGCAUGUCCAUACAACAGGCUAUAGAGGAAAAGAAGCUAUUCAUUUUGGAUUACCAUGAUGCUUAUAUGCCAUUUCUAAAAGGGAUCAAUGCUCAAGAGGACCGAAAAGCAUAUGCAACUCGUACCAUAUUGUACUUGACUAGAAUGGGAACUUUGAAACCUAUUGCCAUAGAGCUGAGUCUUCCUGAGGGGGAGCACCAACAACAACAAUCCAAACAGGUUCUAUCACCUCCAUUGGAUGCCACUUCUUAUUGGUUGUGGCAACUUGCCAAAGCACAUGUUUGCUCCAAUGACGCUGGAGUUCACCAACUUGUUCAUCACUGCUUUAGGUUGAGGACCCACGCGUGCAUGGAGCCAUUCAUCAUAGCAGCACAUCGCCAGAUGAGUGUCACGCACCCUAUCUUCAAGCUCCUAAAGCCUCAUAUGAAAUACACACUGCAGAUAAAUGCAUUGGCUCGCGAGGCUCUUAUCAAUGGUGGAGGCAUCAUUGAAUCUGACUUCUCUACCGGCAGAUACAGCACUGAGAUCAUCUCGGCCGCUUACAAAGAUUGGUGGCGUUUUGACAUGGAAGCCCUCCCAGCUGACCUUAUUAGAAGGGGACUAGCAGAACCAGACAGAGCACAACCUCAUGGGAUAAAACUUACAAUUGAAGAUUACCCUUAUGCAAAUGAUGGGCUUCUUAUUUGGUUUGCUUUGGAGAGGAUGGUUAGAACUUAUGUGAACUACUACUACCAUAAUGGCCUAAUGGUACGGUCGGACACUGAACUCCAAGGGUGGUACAAUGAGGUCAUCAACGUAGGCCAUGGUGAUCAUGCACAUGCUACUUGGUGGCCAACACUUGCCACUCCCAGAGAUCUUAUCUCAGUCCUCACCACAUUCAUUUGGAUUGCUUCAGUUCAGCAUUCAGCAGUGAAUUUUGGGCAGUACCCUCUUGGCGGGUACGUCCCGAUGCGCCCGCCGCUGGUGAAGAAGCUGCUACCCAAGGAAGGAGAUCCAGAGUACAAGGAGUUCUUGGAGGAUCCCGAAGGUUUCUUGUGUUCUUCCCUGCCGGAUAUGUUUCAAACCACCAAGUUUCUUGCAGUGCUUAACAUACUCUCUCAGCAUCCGGAGGAUGAAGAAUACAUAGGGCAGAGAAGGGACUUGUCAGAUUGGAUUGGUGACCCUAAAAUCAUAGAGGCAUUCUAUGAUUUCUCCAUAGAGCUAAAGAGAAUAGAGAAGGAGAUUGAGAAGAGGAAUAAAGACCAGAAUCUUAGAAACAGAUGCGGUGCUGGGAUUCCACCAUAUGAAUUGCUUAUAGCUAGUUCUGGUCCUGGAGUUACUUGUAGAGGGGUGCCUAAUAGCAUAAGUACAUAGAUAUCACACAAUUGUGGCGUAGGAUUUACCCAACUGUUAUGAAACUAGGUAGUGUAUAUUGGAUAGAAAUAGUGCCAAGAUACAAAAAUUAUGUAAUCAUGUAGCAGAGGAAUUUCGAUGAACAAAGCUGAAAACCACUCAAGCAAUUUAUUUAUUUUUCCAGUGUAACUCUUAAAAGGGUGCCUAAUGAUGUUAGUAUAUGGCAUUGUGUUAAACACAGAUCUUGAGGGAACCAUGCUUUUCACAUAAUAUAGAAUGUAAAGCCUUUCAACGGAGCAAAAUUAGCUUUUGUAUUUUCAA